GACGCAGGUUACUUCCUGGUGCACGCAAAUCAUGGUUCCUCCAUUUUGUGCGCUGGAGCGCCGUCCCUCGCAGUCCCCCCUCCCCUCCGCGGGGCUCUCGCCAAGCCUCCGCUGUUUAAAUGGGCCAAGUUGAGAAGCGGCGGAGAGUGCAAAUCUUGUUUGGUCUGUGAACUUCAGCGUGACUUCAGCAACACACAGGAGUUUAAAAAACCUCACAACUCUUUCCAAACUUUAAACAGUUUUAACGCUACAAAAAUACUCUGGAAUAUAAAAUCUCGGGAUUUCGGUUUACGAUUCAGAUUGAUGACAUAGGGUAGCCUAUAUCAAGAUUGUUUAGCUGGUGUCAGGAGUGUUUUUUUAAUCUUAAUUGGGUAAGGAGAAGUUGUAUACUGGCCACAUUUGAGCUCCAAGUCCCCAUGAAAGAGGUGUUUUGUUUAGCUUUUUAGACUGUGCCGCUAAGUGAAAACGCCACCUCGUCUAUAAUUCAGUAAUAUUUAUGAAAAAGUUAGAUAAAAAUAUGCUCCAAUAAAUAAGAGACGCUGCGUGUAGCUUUGACCGGUAGUGAUCGCCGUAAGUAGCAUAAUGUAAGGGGCUCAGGGCUUCGCAGCAUGUCAGGUAUUAACAGAGCGAGCGAGAUUAAAUGUGGGAGGUAGGAGCUGUGAGCCUGGCGGAGAGAGCUGCCGCCGCUGCGAGCUGGAAACUACUGAAUGGGAAUCUAUCCGGCAACUUCACCAGACCGCUGUCUGACGGCGACACGGGGACUCUGCGUAAAACCAAGCGGCGCGUCUCCAAGUCUGGGUCAGCCCCACACACACGCGAAGAGGACGCUCAAGUUGGAUCGGGCGAGCAGCUUUUCACUUGUUACCGACGCUCGGCUCCCACUAACAUGCCUGCCAUCAAGAAGGAGCGGCUGGAUGGAGACGAGAUGGCAUUGACCGCGUUCAACCAGUCCGAAUACCUGGCCCCUUUAAAUGCCACCGCCAUCCCCGUGGUGACCCCGCAUCCGCCGCCCUACGACCACAUUUUUGCCCAUCACCGCGCGUACUUGGGGCUCCACGACUCGGCGCUGCAUCACCAGCACCUCCACCACCACACGGACGACUUAAUGCUCGAGAGGUUCUCCUCCAUCCCCGACUUUCAGCCCUUUUUCGACAACGGGGAGCCGUGCAUCGAGGUGGAGUGCGGGGAAAACAAAGCUUUGCUUUAUAUCAACAAACUGUGCCAGGGCAGUAAGGGACCCUCAAUUAAAUACAGGGGCGAGUGGCUCACCCCCAACGAGUUCCAGUUUGUCAGUGGACGGGAGACCGCCAAAGAUUGGAAACGGAGUAUUAGACACAAAGGAAAAAGUCUCAAGACUCUUAUGUCCAAAGGAAUCUUACAGGUGCAUCCUCCGAUCUGUGACUGUCCUGGUUGCAGAAUUUCUUCUCCAGUGUGGUGUCCUCGGGGCUUGAACCGGCGGCACGGCGCCAAGCCUGGAGGCCUUGCAGGUGUGCCACAAUUAUGGCAUCACCGCGCGGCGUUUUUGCGUGUAGAGCCGUCCCCCGUGCUGCGGAAGUGUUGCCGGAAGCAGUGGGAGCUCACCCCCAGUUCUGCGUCAGUGCCACUAAAGAAAGGACUGGGGCUUUCCGGGAGGAGGGAGGAAGGGAUGGGGGCUAACCGCGGGCGCUUGGCAGAGAAACGCUCCAUCCCCCUUCCACCCAACCGGGUGCCCAAGAAGGAGCUGGCCUCCAUCUUCAGCAGUGACGACAGCGAAGGCAGUGAUCGUGCCAGUGGGGAUCAUGCCCACAUCAAGCAGGAAGACGAGUUGCAUUACAGUACCAUGAGAAAGAGUCGUGACAGUGGCCUCUCUACAAUUAUCUCCAACCUACACCACACCAGACAGCACGGCAUGCCCGAGGGCCAGUCAGUAUCAGACCACAGUACCAGUGCCGGACACACAGGACUGCCUCCCUCCUUCUCUUCCGUGCUACAACCCUCCCUCCCCAGCCGCUGGCGAUUCAGAGCCUCUGGGAUGGAGGAGGAGGAGGAGGAGGGGGAGGAAGGGGAGGAGGGGGAGGAGGGAGGCGGAAGGAGGGGAGGGCAGGGCGCCGGCGCUGACGCUGAGAGUCUGGCUGCCUGUGGAGACUGUAAACCAUCAGUGGUGGUGCAUCCUCCUCUCGGCAUGAUCAGAGUUGGCUCUCGCCUCAGCUCCAUCAGCCGCCCCCAUCCGCUCCUCUCCCGCCCUCCCCUCCUGUUCCCAGCUGCAUUGGCCCCUGUAAUGUGGAGAUUGAUCGGGGGGCUGCGGCUGGCGGCCCACCCCACGUCCCCACCUGUCACGCCCCCGCCCUUCAGCGCCGCUCUCCACACAGACCCCCCUCUCCCACCCCCUCGGCCUGAUAAAGAUGACAGAUUAACGGAGCACUCGCUCAGGAGACGCGGUGUCUUAAGUGAGGUCGGCUCAAGAGACGUCUCGAAUGGGCCUCUAGGCAAAAGGAGAAGCUUUUCUCCCAGUAGCAGCAGUGAGUGUCCCUCUGACACCAAGAAGUCACGCAGCGUAUCUCCAAAAGCGCCACUCCUGCUCGCCUGCCCGGGGCCAGACUCGGGUUUCAAGAAGGAGGAGGUGGUAAAAAUAACCCCUGCUUUCCUCUGCUUCUUCCUUCUCCACCUCAUCUUCUGUCUCCCUCUUCUAACUCUUGAACCACCUUCCCCUAUAUCCCUGACCAACCUUACCUUAGAUCAUGUUACUAUUGACAGAAAGAGGGAGGAGGGAGAAAACUCCCAGAGCCCAGUGGUGGAGGCAGGUGGCAGUCACGGCCACAUGAGCCCCGAGGAGCAUUAUCGGCGUAUGAUGUCGGUGCUCAGCGAGCAGGGGUCCUAUGAGGAGCAGCAGCAGCGCCUCUACCAGCUAGCAAGUAGCAUGGGCCUGCCCAGCCAUGACCUGCUGCGCGCUCGUCAGGAGGCGCUGGCGGCAGCAGUGAGGAAUCCCGCAACCUUAGAAGCUCACUUGCCCUCUGCGGGCAGCUCUUCAUCAUCCAGCCAGAGACGUAAGCAGGGCCUGCCACAGCAUCGGGACGCACAUUACACUGACAGAGACCUGGCCCACCCUCCUCCCCUCUUGUCGCCUCCAACUGCUCCUCACAUUGCCUUAGGACCUCAUCUGCGGCCGCCUUUCCUGGGCAUGCCCUCUGCUCUUUGCCAGGCCCCUGGUUAUGGCUUCCUCCAACCAGCUCAAGCUGAGAUCUUUGCCCGGCAACAGGAGCUCUUAAGGAAGCAAAAUCUGGCAAGACUGGAGAUGUCUGCGGAGCUUUUGCGGCAGAAGGAGCUGGAAACUCUUCACCAGCGACAGCAGCAGCAGCAGCGUCUGCUGGGCUCUGACCCUUUGACCGCUCUGCCUCCCGGCCUGCCCCACGACCACCCAGCCUUGCGGAGUCUUCACGACAUCCCGGAGGGACACUCGCUCCGGGAGGAGCUGGCCCGCCGCUCAAACGCCAUGCUGGUGCUUCGGCACGGGGCGGCCACGCCCCUCCUGACCCUCAACCAGCAGCAUCAGCAGCCGGGAGCGUCCUCCGCACCCAAAGAAAGCCAGGUCCAGAGCUCCGUGCUCGGGGCGGAGGCAGAAUCCAGAAAGGCGUCCCGCAGAGACCCCCAGACACCCAUCCGCACCGUGGAUCACAGAGGAGGACGAGAGGACAGGAGACGGGACGAAGACCUGGAGUCUCGCGAUGAAGAAAUGAAGGACUCGGACAGCGAGGCGGAGAUGUGCGACGAGAGGCGGGACGGCGCCAAGCUCAAUAAACCCAGAGACAAGGACAGGGGCAGAGGCAAAGAGGCCAGCAGCAAGGGGGGGUGUGAUCGUGCCAAGGAGGCGGGAGAGAGUUCAGGCAGGCUGAGCGCCCCGUGUAGUUCAGCAGGUACGGAGUCGCCCAGCCGCCACCUCUUCACUCCUGGACUGGGCAAAGCUGACCUCAAGUACCACCUGCCGCCGGGGUUCAUGCCUCCGCUGCCCGCUCUGCACGCCCAGACGCUGCCCUUUGCAUUCCCCUACGCCAGCCCCUACUUUCACACGGGCUCUUUGGGAGGUCUUUUCAUGGAUGGAGAGGACUCAGCCACGGCCAACCCUGUGGAGGACAUCGGCAAGUGGAGUGUGGAGGAUGUGUGUGGCUUCAUAAGCAGCCUGGCUGGAUGUGCGGAAUACACCCAGGUGUUUCGGGAGCAGGCCAUUGAUGGAGAGACAUUACCUCUGCUCACUGAGGAGCACCUGCUCAACACCAUGGGACUAAAGCUGGGGCCCGCCCUCAAGAUCCGCUCACAGGUGGCACGCCGCGUUGGCAGGCUGUUUUACAUGACAGGAUUCCCGCUGGCAUUCCCAUUUCCACCGUCUGCCGCCAUGCGCCCUCCCGAGCGGGAUAGAGACCCCCUGACCACGCCAUCUGACACCCCGAUGCCUCUCUCCCUGUCCCUGCACCAACGCCCCGCCUCCACGAGCAGCAGCUCGUCUCCGUACAGCGGACCCACGCCGGGGUGCUCCUCCCCCAAACAGGAAAACGGGAACGGUUCCGCAAUGGUGGGAAGAUGCGAGGCGAAAACUCCCUCGUAGGGGCCCACAGGCAGAGUGAGAAGACCGAGCAUGAGUCUGAGCAGGGUCACUUGAAUCAGACUGUCCUUUUCACCCACCAUCCCUUACACUGAGACCUUUAACCUGAAAUCGACGGGAAAAUAUUGGACUGGAAUGAGAAACUUUUGGACAACCUCUGCAGUAGCUGAGCAGAAUCCAAAGAAACUGGGCUCGGAGUGAAGAAAUGUGAACUGACAGAGGAACAGAGAAAAGGAAAAGGAGACAGCUGGUCACAGACGGCCUGCCAAAAAACAUGAGCAGAGCUCUGCCACAAAUGCGACAUUCUUGCAAAUCAGACAGACGCUAGCGGAAACUCUUCCUUCCUUCCUCUGCAGAAGGAAGCCCUUCUCACACCUUCUUUCUCUUGUCUCCAUCUAUGACUGCGUUGACCACAGGCCCUGCAGACAUGAAAGAGAGAUGCAUCUCCCCACUUUUCUCUGCCUCCUGUCCUUCUUCUCUGACAAUUUCCUGAGGCCAAACAGCAGUGUGGCGCUGUCUUUAGAGGCUGGAGUCGAAACACAUGCUGAGCAGCAGCAGAUCUGACCAGCUCUCUGUUCUCACUGCAACUAUGCAUUCCACUGUCCCGAUACCAAAGAUGACUGGAUGCGUGGAAUUGGAACUAGUUUUCACAACGUGUCUGCUUCUUUUUUGCAUUAAUCGUCUCAGAGGAAGACUGGUCCAACAGGGAAAUGCUAGGCUAGUGCCUCACACAAUGGACUGUAUUUGAGCUGACGCAGGUAGAGCUUUUCAUAUGCUGACAAGCAAAAGGCUUUGAACUGUCAAAAUGGUGGAGCCUCGUGGCGUGUGCAGUCAUUGUACAUUUGUGUUGACUACUUUUGGAGGUAGGAUAAACAUGCAAAAUUGUACAGAAUCACGCUUAAGAUGAAAAUAUUCUGAUGGUUACAUAAGUGGUACUUUCACUUUUUGUCAAAUGUAGUUGCACGAAUAAGGAUUUCUUUACUGAAAAAUGUGACUUGCUGAACUUUGGUGGUACUUUUUUUUUUUUUUUUUUUUUUCUAAAAAAAAAAAGAAGAAAAAAAGUGUAAUAUUAUAAAAGAUGCUCCAAUCUCAAAUGCUAUUCCAGCAUAUAAAUACGAGGACAAAAAUAUUUAUAGGACUUUUGAUGUAGUAGAUGAAAGCAGAUAUGGAUAUGUAUAAAAAUUAGCCCUUAAAAUGGAUUCCAAAGAUACUUUCACUUUGUUUUCUCUUGGUUGCAGGGAAAAGAAAAGGCACAAAGCUCUUAAUGCAAAUGUUUCGAAUUUGUUAUGGAUUUUCUUUUUUUAACAACGCAAGCAAUGAAUUAAAAUGGUCUUUAGAUUUCCCUUCAAAGUUUUGUCUUCAUCCUAUUUUUCUAUUCACCGCACAGGUGAAAUAAAUCCUAAA